UGGCAUCAUCCACGUAGCAGUAUUUCUUGUCAGAUGGUCAGGAAACCACGGGAAGGGGUUGGAAGGUGUCAAUGUUUACAAACUGAAAUUGGAACGGUUCCCGCAAAAUACAGUUUACAGAUGGUGUGGGUAUUUAUCAUGAAUCGAAUGAGCUCGCAGAGCAAUUCGUCAGCUCAGCGAAGGCGCAUGGCUCUAGGAAUUGUCAUUCUCCUGCUUGUUGAUGUUAUUUGGGUUGCUUCUUCUGAACUUACAUCGUAUAUUUUUAAGCGUCAAGAAUAUAAUAAGCCUUUCUUCAGUACCUUUGCAAAGACAUCCAUGUUUAUUCUGUAUUUGCUUGGAUUUCUCGUGUGGAAGCCAUGGCGACAGCAAUGCUCAAAAGGAUUUCGGGGACGUCAUGCUGCUUUUUUUGCAGAUGCGGAGGGCUACUUUACAGCAUGCACUACAGAUAGCAGUUUGAACAAUUCUUUAAGUGAACCACUCUAUGUUCCUGUGAAAUUUCAAGAUGUAGCUACUGAAAAGAAUGGAGAUAUUAACACUGAAUGUGAAUCAUCUCCGAAGAAAACAAGAGUUCGUUUUAGCAAUAUUAUGGAGGUUAGACAACUGCCAUCCACACAUGCGUUAGAAGCAAAACUUUCAAGAAUGUCAUAUCCUGCAGCAAAAGACCAUGAAUCAAUGUUAAAAGCUGUUGGAAAACUAACAGUGACACAAGUGGCAAAAAUCAGCUUCUUCUUUUGUUUUGUGUGGUUUCUGGCCAAUUUUGCCUAUCAAGAGGCCCUAUCAGACACACAAGUAGCCAUUGUGAACAUUUUGUCCUCAACAUCUGGACUCUUCACUCUUAUACUGGCAUCAAUAUUUCCUAGUAAUAGUGGUGAUCGGUUUACUUUGUCUAAGCUUUUAGCAGUAGUUCUAAGCAUUGCUGGAGUAGUCCUUGUAAGCCUGUCUGGGUCUGAUAGCUCUGAUGGGAAGGACACCAUAGGUUCUGUUUGGUCAUUAAUGGGUGCAGUGCUGUAUGCAGUUUACAUUGUGAUGAUCAAGAGGAAGGUUGACCGUGAAGACAAACUUGAUAUUCCAAUGUUUUUCGGCUUUGUUGGCUUGUUUAACUUGCUGCUCUUGUGGCCCGGUUUUUUCCUGCUUCAUUAUACUGGUUAUGAAGACUUUGAGCUACCAAGCAUGCUUGUUUGGAUGUAUAUUAUCAUAAAUGGACUUAUUGGAACAGUACUGUCUGAAUUUCUUUGGUUAUGGGGAUGUUUUCUUACUUCAUCGUUGAUAGGAACACUUGCAUUAAGUCUUACAAUUCCUCUGUCAAUAAUAGCUGAUAUGUGCAUGCAAAAGGUGCGGUUUUCAUGGUUAUUUUUUGCUGGAACUGUGCCUGUUUUUCUUUCUUUUUUUAUUGCCACCCUUUUGUUUCAUUAUAAUAAUUGGGAUCCAGUGAUGGUUGGUGUACGACGGGUUUUUGCGUUUAUUUGUCGGAAACAUCGCAUACAAAGACCCCUCAUUUUUGCAGGACUCCGGAUGAUAGUGAGCAGUGUGAAAGCCUCAUUCCUUUACACGGUGUUUCUCAGGAUGAGGGGACCAGCUGCUGUUCAUAAACCACAGAUCACGCAAGAGCAGUCUUCAGCGAUGUGACAAUCUGCAACGAGCCUGAAGGAAUCUUUAUUUUUCAGUGCCUCUUUUUACCUUUUUUUAUGUAAUGUAAAACAUUUGAUAUUUUUGAGGCAAAAUUUUGUUUGUAAGAGCCCACUUUCUACUUGACAUUUAUUUUUUUCUGUCUAUUUAUUUUAUAUUUUUUUGGAUGGUACAUAUUUCAGCUGAACUCCACAAUAGUCAUAUUUUUGGAGUUGAAGACCUGCCUUAUUGAAUGUAAAGGCUCAAAAAAAGGGAAAACUACUUGAAUCACUACACAUUGCCGUGUACUAGAGCCCAUAGCAGUUCCGCUGUAUGUUUGACGAUGCUGCAAAAAGAGUAGUGAACUCUGUGGUCAGCCACAUCAAUAUAUGUGAACUGGUACUGCAUUUUUCACACUAAGCUGAAGAAAACUUAAUGAUCCUGUUGAAACUGGUGUAAUGUUGCCAGUGUUCAUCAGUGUAUAUAGCAUUUAUGGUCUGAGUAUUAUGUUUUUCCUUAUACAAAAUGAAACACUUAGUGGUAUUUCUUUUCCCUUAAGUAUUUAUAUAUAUAUAUAUAUAUAUAUAUAUAUAUAUAUAUAUAUAUAUAUAUAUAUAUAUAUAUAUAAAAUUGAACACUACAUAAUAGCGUCUAUAAAAAGACAGCAACUUUGCUGCUAUCAAUAGUAAUCAUUGUAAACAGGAAAAUAAGACUGUUUCUCAGGAAAGUGUCCUUCUAUGUUUUUAAAAAUUAAAUGGGACCUACAGAAUAGACUUUUUUUUCUUUGUGACUGAUUGCCCAAAAAAACGGUUUACAGUCUCACAAGCAAAAGAUUAAUGUCCACCAGAUAUCCUUAUUUUUCACUUGUUUAUACCACUAUAUAAUUCUAUUUUUUUAAUCGACUGCCUUUUUAGACAGGUAAACUAUCAUCAGUUUUGCACAUUAUUUCACAGUUCAUAGAACUGAUUUGCAUGUGUUUUUGUUUUUGUUUUGGUUGUUGUUGUGCAAUGUAGAUUGUACAGGUAAGUUUACAUAACUUGUACAGAGGGGGGCUUUUCAUCUGUUUAAAACUGCAAAUUCUGUUUUACUUUCUAAGGUAUUGUCCAGUGUUGCUGUGAAUUAACCAAAACAGUAAGUGAUCUCACAUAGAAUAGUUUCAAUGAUGCCAUAUGUGCAUUAAUUGAAAUAUGGUAAAAUGUAAUUCAGUUUAACAGUUUAGCAACUCCAUAAUACUGUCUGGUAAAUUUAGAUUCUUUUUUUUUUUGUUCAUUGAGCUCCUAGUCUCAUGCAGAGAAAACGUUAAGUGAUCGUUGAUAUUGUAUAACUUGUGCAAUAUUUUAGAAAUCCAUGCAAAAAGCAACAAUUCAAGUACAAAAUGUAUAAUAUUUGUUGGGGUCACUGGGAUUUUACUUUUCAAAUAUAUGUCUGCCAGAAAAAAAAGCACUACAGAAAAAUGUCCCUAAUGUGUGAAAUGGUUUUACUUUUGUUUGCUUUGAUUAUGUAAAAUGAGUUCCAGAGAAACAAAGUUGAUUAUGGUUCUGUAAAUAACAUCUUGUCUGGAAAAUGUAGAAUUAAAUUUUGUAUAUUUUUUUGUAUGGGGUAUGUAAUUUGAAUUCUGUGUUAAUGGUGCUUUCAUGAUGUUUGUCUAGAAAUUUAAUGGCCGAAUCUUGGGUAUAUCUUUUAGGACUGUUUGGGAAGCUAGGAAUUUUGUUAUGUUUGUGUUGUUUGUCUUGAGAAUUUCAUAAAAAAGAAAAAGAAAAAAAAAAAAGGUCUGUCCUGUACCUUGCUAAAAAAUAAUUAUUUUCUCACAGUAAUAAUAAAAUUUUAAUAAUACAUAUUUUUGUUAUAAUGCGUUUGGUACAUUUUGCAAAUCUUCAAAAAAGGUUAAAAUUAUUGAGUACAUAUAUAUUUUUGUUUUCUACACUGCUCUGCUUAACUGGAAUAUAUUCAUUUAUCACUAACCUAGUAAAAUGUUUUGUGUCAGUAUCAUUUGCUUCAUUUUUAAACAGUUCACCUCUAAAUAUUAUUACAUGACAUUAGUUAAUGUAAAGUGUCUUGCGGUUCCUGAGUGAAUGUCAAACUCACUAUAGAUAGCAGUCAUUUACUAUACUGAUUUGCUUAUAAAACAUUUCAACCAUACAUGUGUUUUAAUGUUGUAUAACAUAAACACUGUGCAAAAAAGUGGUGAAAUAUAAAUGAAAUUAUGAAAGCUUUAUAAAUAUCAGAAAAAUGUAAGUUUAAGUAUUUUUUUUUAAUUUGUUUGGCCGGGAAUACUUUUCAUACUGCCUAAUCAAGACCAACUACAUGCUGUCAAGUACUGUAUGGUUGAUUUGGAGAAUAGACUAACUGUUAAAGGUUUGCGUGUAACUUUCACAAAAAAAUCAUUUUAGAUAUUCUUUGCCUUUUGAACUGCAAAUCUAAAUUAGGACCAUUAUCAUGUUUUGUUACUCUUAGUCUGUACUGGUAUUAGUCUUUGCAUUUGGUGAGUGGUACUUUAUAUUUGAUGUAAUUCACUUUUCUUUACUAUAUACAAAACUUCUAAGUUAAAUAUUUAAUCAUAUUUAGAUCAGUUUUGAUUAACUACAUUUUAUUUUUUUCCUAAUAACUGACAUUUUUGUCAAAAAAACAUUUUUUCAAAUCUCCAUUAUAGAGAAGUAUUUUAUUACUUCACAUUUUGGUUCACCAACAAAACAGAAAUAGCUGAUAUUUGUAUGUCUUCAUGAAAAAAAUAGCCAACUUUAAGGAGUAUUAUCCAAUAUAAAAAUAUGC